AUGCACAGUACACUGGAUCCAGACACUUUGUGCUGCGCUUGUGAGUAUAAAGAUGCUGCUGGUAAGCAACGCAAAGUGUCAUGGGUCAAAAGUGAGCUGGAAUACACUCCGUCAUUUAAUAUGGGUCCACGAAAUGUUCUGCCCUGUGUGACAUCUGGUUCCCAUUUCGGAGCAGAAGAGGAGGAAAGAGUUCUUUGUGCCAUGAUGUGGGGAAUGAUCCCACCUUGGCAUCAGGGUGAUUUCAAGAAACAUAAGUUAUCUUCUCACAACGGUCGUUUGGAAAGCAUACAAACUUCAAAAUUGUAUUCUCCCUCACUGCAAAAGCAACAAAGAUGUAUUGUGAUUUGUGAUGGUUUUUAUGAAUGGAAAGCUAAGGAAAAUAACCAAAAACAGGCAUAUUAUAUAUAUACAGCUCAAGAGAAAGGUGUAAGAUCAGAUGAUCCUGCAACCUGGAAUAAUGAAUUUUCAGAAACAGAUGGAUGGAGAGGUUUUAAAGUGUUAAAAUUGGCUGGAAUAUUUGAAACAUUUACAACUGAGAAGGGAAAAAUCAUACAGAGCUGUACAAUUAUCACAAGAGAAAGCAACAAUGUACUGUCUUGGUUACAUCAUCGUAUGCCAAUAUGCCUGAAUGAGGAAGAAUGUCAAGCAUGGUUAAAUACAAAUUUAACAACAGAUGCAGCUAUUAAAAGAUUGAAUGAUCUUAUAUUGCAAGAGGAAACUUUAAGCUGGCACCCGGUAUCUACAGCUGUCAAUAAUGUUUUUCAUAACUCUCCUAAUUGCAGAAAAGAAAUAAAAUUAAGGUCAGAAAAGAAAAAUAAUCAGGCAUCUUUUAUGGCUUCUUGGCUGCAAAAAGGAUCAGCUGUUUCCAAUAAAAGAAAAAGCAUAGAUGAUAAAGAUGCAGAUAUAAAUCACGAGCAAGAGGAAACGAAAACCUCGAAGCACAUACGCAACGUGAGUGGGAAUUAUACGUACACAUGUAAUGAAUCAAAAAAACCACAGAACAAAAAUCUGAAUCGCUACAGAGAUGUGGCGCCAUAUGAUCACAGUAGAGUUAUACUUAAGAAAGGUGUAUGCGACUAUAUCCACGCCAAUCAUAUACCGGUGGAUCGCGCUAAAAGGCAAUAUAUCCUGACGCAAGGACCCUUACCGCAUACCGCCGGCCACUUGUGGCUGAUGGUAUGGGAGCAAAACUGUAAGGCUGUACUGAUGUUGAACAAGGUGAUCGAAAAGAAUCAAAUUAAAUGCCACCAAUAUUGGCCGUUGGGAGACACAGGCGAUGCCGCUAUGACGUUCGAUGACGUCGGUUUAAAGGUGGAAUAUAUCAGCAAAGUAGAGUCUUCGGACUACACAACUAGGACGUUACGUAUAACGGACUUGGAAAGUAACGAUAGUAGGGAUAUCUUACAUUUUCAUUAUACCACUUGGCCAGACUUUGGAGUACCACAAUGUCCAACGGCCUUUUUACGUUUCUUGGCAGACGUCAGGCAAUCAGGAGCAUUAGAUCAAAAUGUCGGCCCACCCGUUGUCCAUUGUUCCGCAGGUAUUGGAAGGUCGGGGACAUUCUGCUUGGUUGACACAUGCUUAGUGUUGAUUGAGGAAAAUGGAUUGAAUUCCGUGAAUGUGCGGGAAGUACUGCUGGAAAUGAGACGGUACCGUAUGGGUUUGAUACAAACGCCAGACCAGCUACGUUUCUCGUAUGCUGCCAUCAUAGAGGGAGCGAAACAAUUGCCACUGAAUGACGUGACAGGUUUACCGAAAACUGUACAGAAUGAUGACGUUAAUGACGUAAUAAAUAAUUACAACUUCAUAAACCAUCCCGUGGUGGAACAAGACGACGAGCCUCCUCCUUUACCUCCGAGAGCGGAGUCUUUAUCAUGCACUGCUGCAAUCAUGGAUACCAGAGAGAGGUUAUACGCAGACGGAUUAUGUGGACCACCCGACAAACCGCUGCCAAGCGAACCGCCCUUUUACAUGGAACCAUGUACCAGCCCACCGUUUACAACCUCCACAUCCGUCACGGAUGUUAUAGAAGAACAAAAUGUCCCAUUACUUGCUGAAGUGAAUUCUGACGACUCUUCUGAGGACCCUUCUUCCUCGUUAAAUUGUACUAUAGACUCAGUACGCAGACGUCGAGAAGAGCGAGCGGAGAAGAACGAGCGAUUAGCGACGCAAGUGCGCGAUAUGAAGCGCCGGCAGAGGGAUUGCGAAAAUUGGCAGAAGUUCAAGAGGUCAUUAUGCAAGCCCCUUACAAUAGGCAUAUGCAUCGGGAUCGGAGGGGGUAUCAUACUGGGUGGUUAUUACCUGUAUAUGCGUAGUUAGAUCUACCGUACUGCGUUUUUAAAUGGAUAUCGUACGUACGCAUAAACUUUUCGAAUGGUCAGAGCAACAUUUAGACGACCAACACGAUCGAGGGAGGUUACUGUUUUUGACACGGGAUAUAAGUUCUGAUUUUACAAAGUUUCUUAAUAACAUCUCGAUCUCGACUGAAAUACGCCUUAGUAGAGAAGGUAAAAUAAUUAAUUUAAAGACAAGCAUUUCUCGUAUCACACAAUCGGCAGUACAAUCGCGUCGUGAAGUAAGCUACAAGUCUGUUCUUUCUAGCUGAAUUAGGUUGCAUUUUCAGCCAUUAUAAUGAAACAAGUAUACGAGUAUACAAGUAUACUUGUUGGCAUUGUAUACUUGUUGAGCGAGGAAGGAACGAGGUUCCUUAUGUGCGCAGCUAAAAAAACAGAUCUUGUAUUUCUAUCGUUGGAACAAUAAGUGAGAGUGAACAGUAGGAGACAAGAGAAACAUCGCCGGAGAAGUAACUUAUAUUGCAUUGUUAAUACAUGCUGCUAAAAUGGGAGAAUCGCAAACGGACGAUGACGAGGAUAACGGAUGGACUUUCAAUUUGUAUUUUUAUAUUGUGAUUUAGUCGACGAGUAUCUAGAUUAUCAGAACGUACACCUAACCUAAUCUAGGAAUGCUUUGACAUUCUCUAGAUAAGCAUUCGCAUCGACGCUAAAUCUGGCAAAUGUUCAAGCAUACAUUGACGUCUGGUGUACGUGUGGUAUUUUUCAGAAUAUUUUUUUAUUAAGUUCUCUUAAAAAUAUUGAUUGAAAAAAACUGAGUAGGUCACUUCGCGCGUAUGCUUAUAUGCAUAAGCAUUACGACAAAAGAAUAAGAAGUGCACAAAAAGUUAUCGGUUUAUCACGACCCUCAAAUCCCGUAGGUAUAAUUUUUUUAUGCACAUGAAAAAGUUACGCAUUUCACUUCACAUGUUCGGAUACACCAAAUCGACUGUUUCGGAAUCUUCUUGUUCGUACGCUGGAGAAAAAAAGUGGUUAAUUUUUUAGUUUGCUAGGACAAACAAAAUUCGUUGAAGCAAGUGUUUAAUCGAUUGAACGAAUCAUAUCGUUGCUGCCAUGAAUCAUCAAUUGAUUUAAUCAUUGCGAUUUCGUUAGUGACUAUAUCAACGCGCAACUUGUUGCACUAAUGCGUGAUUUGCCCAAUAAUAGACAUAACGUUUCCUUGAAGACGAGUGACUGUCUAUUUUAUCGAUCCAACUGCUUUUUUUCCUCAGUAUACAUUGUAACAACUAUCAUGAACUCGUAUGGGGAACAUUUAGGAACAGAACACGAAUCAUGGAUGCAUAAAGCUCAAUCGCGAAAAGUCAAUCUCAGCUUCAUUCUCUUCAGCGAGAGACACCGAGGCGGAUGUGGCUUUGUCAUUUUCCGUAAAUAGAUUCUUCUCAUUAUUCAGUUAAAUAUCGGAAACGGUGAGCAAGAAGGAAUCAUAUAUAUAUAUCAUAUAUCAUAUAUAUAUAUAUGCACACACACACACACAUACAUAUAUAUAUAUAUAUAUAUAUAUAUACAUAUAUGUAUGUGUGUGUGCAUAUAUAUAUAUAUAUAUAUAUAUAUAUAUAUAUAUAUGUAUAUAUGUAUGUGUGUGCAUAUAUAUAUAGGUCGCAUCCCUGUAAUUUUCGACGAGCCGUUUCUGAAUAACUUAGACUUACUAUUAGUGAUACGUCAGGGUACCAAAAUCAUUAGCGUCGAUAAGCACCCAAUUUAUCUUAGUAGCGUUAAAUGGAUAUAACCGCGUUAGGCCUAGAAAUUGUUAAAAAAUUUUAUUCUAGUUCGUAUGUAGACAAACGAUGGACUUGUUUUUUUAAUCACUUGCCGAUUGGAGUAGAUUCUAUCUCUAUUGUCUCAUGUCAAAAAAAAAAGAAAAAGGGAGGAAAAUAUUCAUGAGGAUAGAUCAGAUCAUGUGCGCACAUUAAUGAGCAACACACUUGUGACUUUUACAUAUUUUGAAAGUGUUUCUCAAGCAUGUUCUUUCCUUUUUUGUUUUUCGCUUACGUUAAUCUCGUUUGAACUUUUCACUGUUGGGCUAUGAGUAAGAUAUACUUUUUACUUA